GGGUGGGGGUCCUCCAUACAUGUGAACUAUAUAUACACUGUUCAUCAAUAACCAAGCAUUUCUCCAUGGAUUCAUGCCAUGCUAACAUGCACCUCGACAUUACCGAGCAUCCAUAAAAUAGUACGGAUUAGUUAAUUACUCCUCCACUUGUACUCCCAAACAUUAACACCAUUAUCUUAAUCACCAGAAUUCUAAUUCUUGCUGCUAACCUGCCACUUCUCAGACAAAUAAACAAACACUUGGUGUGCCGUUUAUGUGCUAGAUGGGUAUUUGGGGCCAGCUGCUGGCCGUGGCCCUGCUGUUAUUGUCCGCCGCGGCGGAUCCCAACGACGAGAGUUGCCUGAACCACCUCAGCGAAUCGUUGGAGGACCCCUUCAAGAACUUGCAGAACUGGACCAAAGCCACUUUCGCCAACCCCUGCCAGGGAUUCACCUCCUUCCUCCAAGGCGCCACCUGCAACAAUGGCCGCAUCUACAAGCUCUCCCUCUCCAACCUCUCUCUCAGGGGCACAAUCUCUCCUUUCCUCUCCAACUGCACCAAUUUACAAGCCCUCGACCUCUCCUCCAAUCAGCUCACCGGCCCGAUUCCCUCGGACCUUCAGUACUUAGUCAAUUUGGCCGUCCUCAAUCUCUCUUCCAACCACCUCUCCGGCUCCAUUCCUCAGCAAUUAGCGCUCUGCGCUUAUUUGAACGUCAUCGAUCUCCACGAUAACCAGCUCUCGGGCCCUAUUCCACAGCAGCUCGGGCUAUUAGUUAGGCUCUCCGUCUUCGAUGUGUCCAACAACAAGCUCUCCGGGCCCAUCCCCGCGUCGUUAGGGAACCGAAGCGGGAACUUGCCCCGGUUCAACGCAAGCUCCUACGUAGGGAAUAAGGGUCUUUACGGGUACCCAUUGCCGCCCAUGAAAAGCAAAGGGCUCUCAGUUUUGGCAAUUGUGGGGAUCGGACUGGGAAGCGGUUUCGUGAGCUUGGUCCUCAGCUUCACCGCCGUUUGUAUUUGGUUGAGAGUUACAGAGCAGAAAUUGGCCAAUGAUGAAGGCAAGAUCAGUCAGCUCAUGCCUGAUUAUUGAAAUCAUGAUCAUUAAUUACAUUUUCCAAGUCUACAGAAAACUCAAGAGAUUAGUUUUGCAGGUAUGUUUCUUGGAUUUGUGGGUUGGGUUUCUCUUUUCUUCUUCUUUUUUUUCCCCUCUCAUUUUCCUAUUUAUGGGAAUUUUUACUAUUGGGUAGCUGUAAGAAUCGUUCCCUGUUUCCUCCGAUGUUGUGAUUCUUUUCCAAUGUUCUAAUUAGUAAUUUCUUGACAGCAUUACUCAGUACAAAUGUGUAAAGAAUUGAAUGAAGCAGUUAAACCAUGGAGAUUCGUCUCUUAAUUCGUUUGCUUC